CUUCCAUGUGGUGAAUUAGCAUAAACAGACGCAUCUGGCAAAGUAACCACUUGGGGGCUAAAGGUAACUGCGCGUCAUAGUUUUAGUGAAAAAAUAGAAUCAAGAAGCAUGCAACUCAGUCUGUGUCAAUGGCAUCAAAAAUUAUUCAGCCCUAUACUUGCUGGAAGAGUCUGGACUCAUUCCUUAUGCCAUUACUGCAAAUAGAAGCCUAGGAAUUGCUGAAUGCGAGGUGGUUCUGUUUCAGAAUUAAUACAAUGAUGGGCAAACUACAAAUUCAGAGUUAUCCUUUUAAAUAUUCAGAUUGCGCUUCUGCAGCUUCCGCAAAAGCAUAAGGGGUCUGAGCCUACGUUGACUUUCAGAGAUUUGCAUUACACGUUCUGUUUUCUUACCAGCACGGGGAAAGUACAAGGAAUGAAUGAAUGAAAGAUAUACAACCUAGUAAGCGCAGUUCCUCGCCAAAGAGUGCAGUUUUAAAAAGCCGAAGUAUCUGAAGGGAGAUAUCAAUGCUCAGUGAAGACUGAACUGCGCAUACUUGAAAUUAUUGUUCACAAAGGAACCUGCACGCUUUAUUUCCACAGAAGAAAAGUUUUGAAAUAUUAGUCUGUGGCAUGGCAACUGAGGCUACAGUGGGAAUGGCUAAAUCUGUUGUUGUAAAACUGUCUGAUGUUGUGGGUGAAAGAACUAAGCAAGUAGGUUCUGCCAUGCAGGAACCUCAUCGUCAGAGAAGGCUGAUUCUUGUUAUUGUGUGUGUGGCACUUUUGUUGGACAAUAUGCUUUAUAUGGUGAUUGUACCAAUUAUGCCAGAUUACCUGGAAUCGUUGCAGUCUAAAGCAAGGGCGUCUCAAGCACCUAAAGAAACAAACUCUAGUUUUUCUAAUGUUACUAGGGGAAUAUUACGGCCAAGGUAUCCUGCGGAAAAUGAAGAUAUAAAAUUAGGGGUACUCUUUGCAUCUAAAGCCAUUCUGCAGCUGCUUGUUAACCCUUUAACUGGGACAUUUAUAGACAGAGUUGGAUAUGACAUUCCUCUUUUAAUAGGACUCACUGUAAUGUUUAUUUCUACGAUUAUAUUUGCCUUUGCUGAAAACUAUGCUACCUUGUUUGUAGCUAGAAGUCUCCAGGGACUAGGGUCAGCCUUUGCUGAUACGUCUGGAAUUGCAAUGAUUGCGGACAAAUACACUGAAGAGGCAGAAAGGAGAAAAGCCUUGGGCAUAGCUUUAGCCUUCAUCUCUUUCGGGAGCUUGGUGGCGCCCCCCUUUGGUGGUAUUUUGUACGAAUUCGCAGGCAACAGAAUGCCAUUUAUUGUAUUGGCUUCUAUUUGUCUUCUAGACGGCGUGCUGCUUUUAACAGUUAUCAAGCCAUUUACAAACAGGACUAGAGAAAACAUGCCUGUUGGCACCCCAAUUUACAGACUAAUGAUUGACCCCUACAUAGCUGUAGUUGCUGGAGCACUGACUACAUGUAACAUCCCAUUAGCCUUCCUUGAGCCUACCAUUGCAGGUUGGAUGAAACAAACAAUGAAUGCAACAGAAUGGGAAAUGGGACUAACUUGGUUACCAGCAUUUUUCCCUCACGUCUUAGGGGUGUAUAUAACUGUAAAGCUUGCUGCCAAGUAUCCAAACUACCAGUGGUUCUAUGGGGCACUGGGGAUGGUGAUUAUAGGGGCAAGUUCCUGUACAGUGCCAGCAUGCAGAAACUUUGGCCAACUUAUCCUACCUCUAUGCGGCAUUUGUUUUGGGAUAGCCCUGGUUGACACCGCGCUGUUGCCCACCCUUGCUUUUCUUGUAGACUUACGUCAUACUUCCGUAUAUGGAAGUGUGUAUGCCAUAGCCGAUAUCUCAUACUCAGUAGCUUAUGCCUUGGGUCCCAUAGUAGCCGGCCAGGUUGUUCACACCUUGGGUUUUGUACAACUAAACUUAGGCAUGGGCCUUGCAAAUGUGCUUUAUGCUCCUACCCUAAUAAUUCUGAGAUACGUAUGCCAAAUGAAGCCUUCCUACUCAGAGAGGAAUGUCCUCCUGGAUGAAGGUCCUAAAGGUUUGUAUGAUACAAUCAAGAUGGAAGAACGCAAUGCUAAGAAAAAGAGGUUUGAUACAGAAGAAAACAGUCUAGAGGCCCACAGAAGACAAUUGGCAGAUAGGUCCUACUCUGAAGAUGAUUCUUCAGGCCCUGAAUACAAUUAAAUAAUGGAAAAACUGAACUGAAAAUUAGUAUGUUCUAUACUUAUGUGCAAUAUUUAUACGUAUUUAUCCCAGUCAUAAGUGUGCAUUUAUUUAUUAUAGAACUGUUCCCCCCACAUAAGUUUGAAAGUUAACAAUGACAAUUAAAAUUAUGCAUCUAAUAAAUCUUUAACUGUUCAUCCAAAAAUUUUGCUGGGGUAUUGUGAAAAGUUUACUAAACUUUAAACAGUGCGCGUGAACGAAUACUGUAUAUCUUUUUACAAAUGUUGAUAUGUAACCUUGGAUUUCAAAAAGAAACUCGAAUAUUCAGGGACUAACAAAAACAUGUAUAUACAACGUAUUAUAUAAGUUCAUGGGUCAAAAAUCCUGCUGUGUAUUUUAUUUUUUCUGUUUUUUACUGUUGUUGGGAAUGAAGCAAGCUAUGUGAUCAUCUCUGCCUGGUGUGUGCAGCUGUUCAACAAAUGCAAUAUGUCACAUUUAAUUCUGAAACGUCAAGAGUAAUUCAAUAUGAAUAAAUGAAACCACAAAGAC